UCCUACAUGAACCAAAAACACUUGCCCUGCCAAAAUCCCUAAAACAGAAAUUUCCAUCAUUCCUCAAACCUCAGGCCUGCAGCGGAUCGUAGAACCAGUGAUAUGUCUCUUCCACGACCAACCAUCUUUGAGGCUGCUGCUGCUUCUGCUAAUGCUACUAGCUCUUCCUCUUGGAACAACAAUAACAAGGACACCCUCCUUUCGCACCACAAGAGCAAACUAGAAGAAAGCGAUGAAGAUCUUUUCACAGUGCCUGAUGUGGAAACUCGACCACCUGCCUCCUCUGUUGUCAAUCCUACUACUGCUACCAUCAACAAGAGUCCUCAGGUUCUACCCGAGAAGCGCCGAAGAGGACGGAAUCCUGUUGAUAAGGAGUAUAGAAGGCUUAAAAGGUUGCUGCGGAAUAGAGUUUCUGCCCAGCAAGCCCGAGAAAGAAAAAAGGUCUAUGUAAAUGACUUAGAAUCGAGGGCCAAAGAGUUGCAAGAUAACAACUCAAAAUUGGAGGAGAAAAUUUCUACUUUAAUCAAUGAGAACGCGAUGCUCCGGAAGGUACUUAUGAAUACAAGGCCGAAAGUGGAUCAAAGUAUUGAUGCAAAACAUGAUCAGUUGGGGAACAGUUGACAUGCAUGACCACGGUGUCCUCUCUGCUUAUCAGCUACUAAGUUUCCUCCCACGAAGAUGCAAAACCCAGAGGUUGAUUUUCUAUCACAGCUUCCAGCCCAAUCUGCAUCAGAGAAACCAAUUAUAGUGUUAGCAUCAUUAUUAUUUUUCAUCCAUAUACCUUGACCUGGAGUGCCUUUGAGAUAUCUGAGGAUUCUGUCGAUGGCGUCCAGAUAACAGGUGCGCGGGGCAUGCAUAAACUGGCUUACCAUACUUACAGCAUAGGCAAUAUUGGGUCUAGUGACGGUUAGAUAUAUCAAUUUUCCUACUAGACGCUGAUAACUUCCUAUGUUGUCUAAAGGUUCCCCAUCUUCUAAAUUUAGUUUGUUUUUAGUCUCUAUUGGGGUAUUUGUAGGUUUUACUCCUAUUUUUCCUGUUUCUUUUAAUAGAUCAAGGACAUAUUUUCUUUGAGACAGAAAUAAGCCUUUAUGUGAUUUGACGAUUUCUAUCCCCAAAAAGUAUGAUAGUUGACCUAAAUUUUUGAUA